AGAUGAUGCCAAAACCCCUAGAAAAGAUAGUUAUGUACAUGCAUUAUUAAUCAACAACUACAUUGCAAUAAGCCCAGAAUCUUGACAGUCAAAAUUUGAUCUCAAGAAGCUCGAAAUAAGUAGUGACUAAAUGAAUAAUACUCGUGAAUAACACGAAAUAUGUGAAUAAAAAGUUAUUUGAUAUCCAAAGCACUGAUUCCACGAGAUCGUGUCGGGUGCUCGGGGUUUGGAUUCAACCUCGAGUAGAAGAAAUAUUAGCUCAAGUCUAAAUGAUACUGUUGAAUGAUAUUUGGUAGUACCUUAUCUUACCAAAAAAUCAAUUUUUUACUUUUAUUUUACUAUUUUAAUCGUCAUUUUUAGGCUUUUUUCCUCAUAAGUAAGAUCUACUUUUCUUACUAACGAUCAAAAAAUCAAUUUUCAAAAUGACCGUUGAACAAGAUUCUUUUGGUGUACCUUGGAACUAGCUGGGUAGUGCCGUUAUGGAAAUUGCUCUCAGAACCAAAAAGUGACAGUUGUAAAGUUACCAUCUCUUAGUGCAUGAUUGAACUGUUAUGUCACCUUUUGCCUCCAAAUAUUCAAAAUCAAGUUACAGAACGAUUAAUCUUCUUAACAAAACAUACCUAACAACACCUCAAUUGAAGCAAAUUCAAUCGCAUUUUAUCAUAUCAGGCGCCAUAGCCGAUCCUUUUGCUGCCGGAAAACUCAUAGCCAAGUUUGCAAUUUUCGAUCUUUCUCACACUCAAGCCCUCUUUCACUUCUUGCCUCAGCGUUCAACGAACAUAUGGAAUACCAUGAUUAAAGCGUUCACUGAGAAUCACAGACCUGAAAAUGCCCUUUCACUCUAUAAAAAAAUGUUGGAAAGUAAUUUUUUGCCAAAUAAUUAUACGUUCUCUUUUGUUUUUCGGGCUUGUUCCGAGUUAUGUGAUGUUUCUUUGGGAUUAAUGUACCAUACCCAUGUGGUCAGAUUGGGAUGGGAGUGCUAUGAUUUUGUGCAAAAUGGGUUAAUUCAUUGUUAUGCUAGUUGUAAAUCUAUGAAAGUUGCUCGGAAACUGUUUGAUGUCAGUACGAAGCGGGAUGUGAUUACAUGGACUGCGUUGAUUAAUGGGUAUUUGAAGAUUGGGGAGGCUGGGGCUGCGAUGGAGUUGUUUGAUCAAAUGCCUGAAAGAAAUGCAGUUUCUUGGAGCGCGAUGAUCAAUGGUUAUGUGCAGAUGGGAUUUUUUAACGAGGCUUUAGAAAUUUUUAAUGAUAUGCAGGUGGCUAGGAUCCGGCUUAAUCAAUCUGGGGCUGUUGGCUUGCUCUCAGCAUGUGCUUCGCUUGGUGCUUUGGAUCAGGGAAGGUGGAUUCAUGCAUAUAUUGAUAGGGUUAAGAUGGAAGUGGAUACUGUGUUGGGAACAGGACUUAUUGAUAUGUACUCAAAGUGUGGGUGUAUUGACAUGGCUUGUCAUGUUUUUGAGAAGAUGUCGUGUAGAGACGUGUUUGCUUACACUUCCAUAAUUUCAGGUUUAGCUAAUAACGGGGCGAGCAAAAGUGCCAUAGAGUUGUUCAGGAGGAUGGAGGAUGAAGGUAUUAGGCCGAAUGACGUUACACUUAUAAGUGUCUUGAAUGCAUGCAGUCGAAUGGGGUUGGUGGAAGAAGGGUUGCGAAUUUUCAAAAGCAUUAGAGAUGUUUAUGGGAUUGAGCCAGGAGCACAACACUAUGGUUGCUUGGUAGAUCUUAUAUCUCGAGCCGGGCUUCUUGAACAAGCGAUAAACGUGGUGAGAGAGAUGCCCAUGAACCCGGAUUCAUAUGUAUUGGGAGCAUUACUCGGUGCUUGUCGAGUUCAUGGUGAUAUUGAUCUAGGUAGAGAAAUUGUCGAGGGAUUGGCUGAGCGCUGCCUUGACCAGAGUGGAAUACAUGUCCUUCUUUCAAAUAUUUAUGCCUCCAUCAACCAAUGGGAUGAUGUAGAGAGAGUUAGGAAGGGAAUGGAAGAGAAGAAGGUGAAAAAGGUGCCUGGAUUUAGCUUAAUUGAAGUGGAUGGUUCAGUUUUCAAAUUUUUUGCUGGAGAUAGGUCUCAUGAUCAGAUGAAAGAGAUUGAAUUCACAUCACUAGGAAUUGACAAAGACUUAAAGUCUAUUCAAGUUGAUGCUGGUAGAUUUACUAUCGGGCAAAUUUGCCAAUGAGUCUAUGACAAUGUGCCGGUGCAUAAUUUUCAGCUUAACAAUAGAAAAAAUACAUUCUUGUGCCAUCAACCAAGAUAGUGACUUGAAAGGAAGUUGCGA